AUGAAUCCGUGUAGGAAAGUGAUAGAGAAAGGAGGCUUGCUCGUUGUCCCCGCCCGUUUACGCGCUGAUUGGCUGAACGGGCCGACAACGGAACUCCUGGUUGGCGGGCGAUGUCUGUCCGUCACGACCGUCUCCAUAGGCAGGAGGAGAGUGAGAGGUUUCAACCUAAAUGCAACAGAGGAUUCAAUGCAGUUACUGUUGCACAUCCGGCCAGCAAUACUUCACAAGCAGAUACUCAAAAGAUCUCUGGGUACUCCCUGCCCUGACGCUUUCAGUACCCUUGGCUCUGAGAAAGCAUCUAACCCAAUGCUCAACAGAAAACUGGGCAGCCAAGGGUUUGGGGCGUCAGUUGCGGCAAUGACCUCCUUCCCUCCCCAGAGAUACCACUACUUCCUCGUGCUGGAUUUCGAGGCUACGUGUGACAAACCACAGAUCCAUCCCCAGGAAAUAAUCGAAUUCCCCAUUCUGAAGUUAAAUGGCAGAACAAUGGAGAUAGAAUCCACCUUUCAUACGUACGUGCAGCCGGUGGUGCACCCCCAGCUUACCCCAUUCUGCACCGAGCUGACGGGAAUUAUCCAGGAGAUGGUAGAUGGGCAGCCGACUCUCAGCCAAGUAUUGGAGAGAGCCGACGAAUGGAUGGCCAAGGAGGGCCUUUUAGAUCCAAGCGUCAAGUCUAUCUUUGUUACCUGUGGGGACUGGGACUUGAAGCUUAUGCUGCCGGGACAGUGUGAAUAUUUAGGACUGCAGGUCCCAGAUUACUUCAAGCAGUGGAUUAAUCUAAAAAAGGCAUACAGCUUCGCGAUGGGCACCUGGCCUAAGAAUGGGCUCCUAGAUAUGAACAAGGGUUUGAGUCUGCAGCACAUAGGGAGGCCUCACAGCGGGAUAGAUGACUGCAGGAACAUUGCUAACAUCAUGAAGACGUUGGCUCACAGAGGCUUCAUCUUCAAGCAGACCUCCAGACGCAUCUGAUGUAGUCAGGGGAGGGCUGCAGGGUGGGAGCGGGGCAGGAGGCUGCAUGUAGCACUUCCCUUAUCGUGUAACCGCAUGGGAGGACAGAUAGGAGACAGGAGUCAAGGGGAAGGGGCACAACGGCUUGACUGUCAUGGAGCGACUGAGAUUGGAAAGAAAGACCAACACUGUAUAUACCCACCACAAAAAAAUCUGUUAUGUACGUGUCUGUGUCCCUUCCCGCUCCACCUUACUCUGUCUACCCCAUAAAUCAUAUAGAACCCCCCAUCCAUACCAUAUGCUUUCCCUGCCUUGCCUAUUGCGUUAUUGGAUGAUUAAGAAAGGUCGGUUGGGGAGGAAUAAGAUAUGUAGAACUGUGACCUCACUCUACAUUUUCUUAAUUUGCUCAUCAUGUCCAGUUUUUUAAAUUGUUUUCUUUUUUUUUUUUUAGUUAGAAAGCCCAAAUGGGGCAAAAACAACCGUUUUGGAUGUAUCACAGCAUGAGCUGAGCUUUAGUUGGAAACGCUAGCAUAGGGUAGUGUAGCUGAGAGGUUACCGAGUGGAUAUGUUAAUAGAGUGAAGAAAAGAAAAAGAUUCUGUCAUUUGCAUUAGGGGGGUGUCUUAUUCUAGUCCCUGCCCACUCAUGCUUUGCUACAUAUAGCAUAGUAUACGAUAUGUCAACACAUCCAGGCAGGGCAGACCCCGUUGGUAGACUCGGCUUUGGGGAUGAUUACGUUUCACUUGAUUUUUGAUACUGUAUUUAGUUAUCUUACCUGCUUUCGUCUUGAACCGCAUGUUUUUUUUUGGCCAGCUUUUGCUCUCUGAGCACCCGAAAUAACAGCUGUCGGUGCUCUAUAAGUGUUUCUUCACCGUGCUUCCGGAUAACAAUCCGUUCUUACAUCCCUUCUGUGCUUUUAGUUAUAUUUCCCAUAUAUUGAUUCAGGGCCAUACAGCGUUGCUGGGUGUAAUGCUGGACCCACAAAUUUCUCAGACACUGUUAAAUGCCCCUAGUACGAUGCGAUACUUCCAUUUGUCCGGAAGGCCUUCCUAACUGAUGUUUGCAGGUACAAAAAACAACUUUUUCGGACCCGUGAAAUGCGUUGUAGCAGCCUCAAAUGUAAUAUUACUCUUUCUACAACCAAGUGUUUAGGAAACCUAAAAGUCGAUGUGAACGGUAUUUUUCACUGGACUAAGACAAAACUGUCUCAUUAACCUUUAGUUUGAGUUACUAACGUUACUUGCAGGUGCUUCGCAGGUAUUGCCAGGGAAGUUAGUUUUCCAAGAGUCCACGGACCAGCAGGAUUGAUAGAACAAGCAAUCUGCGUCCUACUCAGAUAUAACGGUACCGGCUUUGUAACGAUCCGGCCCCGGCACAGCCCUUGGUCGGGAGGUACACAGUAUUUGGUAAAAGUGUUGGUUUAUAUCAUAUUCACUCCAGGCUAAUAUUUAUCGGUUAUGCAUACAAUGCGUUGCUGUAUUACAAAACCAUUCGAUUGGAGUUCGUAUUUGUUUAAUUCCUGGGUUGAUAUCUGCAGGGCGGCCAUCUCUGCUGGUUUUCAAUUAUGUUUAAUAAAAUCAUUGUAGAAGAGUGUA